UGGUCGGAGUGGUCGUCGUGUACUAACGCGUGUCGCACCCGGAGGUCCCGUAACUGCGAAAUGAAGCAAAUCUGCGGCAAUAGUAUCAUACAAGAGGACGCCCUCUGCUAUAUUCAGGGCAGUCAAUGCGAAAAGCUAUACAAGAAUAAGCGCAAGAAUGUGCCCAACAAUUCGGCCCCAAGUGCUGAGACCCACACGAAUACCUCUGUCACUGAAGAGGCGGCGAAAGCCGAUCAUAUCGACGAUCUUCAGUGUGGCGUCAGUUCUGUUAUGACAGAUAUGGCCAGUAAUUUGCGUAUAAUUGGCGGCCGGGAGUCGACAAAAGGCCGGUGGCCGUGGAUGGUCUCCAUCCUCAACAGAUAUCACGAGCCAUUUUGCGGCGGAACUAUAAUAUCGCCUCAAUUUAUUAUAACUGCCGCUCAUUGCGUGCGAAGACGUCUGUAUGUGAGGGCCGGAGAACACGAUCUGAUAUUCGCCGACGGCUACGAACAACAGAUCCGAGUGUCGGACAUCUUCGUGCACCCGGACUACGACGCCGAGACUGUGGACAACGACAUCGCUGUUCUUCGGCUGCGAACUCCGCUCAAAAUCAAUCGCUUUGUGGCACCGGUUUGUUUGCCAGAGCCUGAAGACGAACUGGCGGUGAAUAGUUUGGGAACAAUACUCGGUUGGGGUAAACGACGGAACUCAGCCCUCUUCGGGACCGAUGUGUUACAUCAGGCACAGGUGCCCAUCGCCGACAUCAACGACUGUAAAGCC